AUGGCAGGUGUUGUUCUAACCGAAAUGUCCGCAAAUAGUCCAAGACGCACCGCCCAAUUUGCACGCAAUGCUCAAGGUGGAGCAAAUACGGAGAUGAAGACCGGAAUCCUUCAACUUGUUUAUGCAAGUCCAUUCACCGGAAUGGAUCAUGAGGAUCCUUUCGCACAUCUCACCAAAUUUUAUGAGAUUGCGGGUUCAACGGGAGUUGAUGCGGCGAAUGAAGAAUCAUUGUUCAAGAGGCUAUUUCCACAUUCAUUAGUGGGGAAAUCCAAGGAAUGGUAUCUUGAUCAACCACCAAACGUGAUGACGGAUUGGAAUCUAUUGGAAGAGAAAUUUUUAGAGAGAUUUUUUCCUCAAUCCCGAUUCAUGGAAGCCAAAACGGCAAUUGCGGUUUUCACUCAAGGAGGCAACGAAUCCUUAAAUGAGGCUUGGGAAAGAUUCAAAUCCAUGCUUAGAAAAUGCAAGGGUUAUGGUUUUGAUGAUCUCACACAAAUUCACAUCUUCCGCAAUAGGCUUCAACCGGUGCACAAGACACUUUUGGAUGCUACCGCGGUUGGAUCUUUAAUGUCAAAAAGCGCGGAGGAUGCAACAAUGAUAAUUGAUCGUAUGGCACUCAAUGAUCUCCAAACUCAACAUGAUAGGAGUCCAUCACAAAGGAAGCCGGGUGUUCUUGAAUUAAACACCAAUGAUGCUAUCCUCGCUCAAAACAAAAUUCUUUCUCAACAAGUUGAGUUACUCACCAAGCAAAUGUCAAAGCUCCCACAACAAAUGAAGGAAAUUCAUGGAAUGCAAAUGACUUCUCAAGUAGCAAGUUGUGAACUUUGCAAAGGUGACCACCCUACCGGCUUUUGUCCACCACCCGAAGGAGAGGAAGUUAAUUAUAUGAACAACCAACAUCAAGGCUAUCAAAGGCAACCUCCGUACCAACAUCAAGGUCAAGGUCAACAACCUCAAGGCGGAAGCUCAAAAUUGGAAGACACUCUCAACCAAUUCAUGCAAGUUUCUGUGGAGAAUCAAAAGACUAAUGUGGCUUCCAUAAAGAACUUAGAAAAUCAAGUGGGGCAGCUUUCAAAACAAUUGGCCGAACAACAAACGGGACCUUCUUUUUCUGCAAACACUCAACCUAACCCAAAGGAGUAUUGCAAGGCAAUCCUUACAAGGAGUGGCAAGGAGGUGAGUAAUGGGGAGAGAAAGGAAAUAGUAGUGGAGGAUGAUGGAUUUGUUGUUGUUGAAUAUGAGAAGGAUGAGAUAGUGUUGGAAAAAGAAAAAGAAAAAGAAGGGGAGGAAAUAGCCGAAAAAGAGAAAAAUGUGAAGAAGAAUAAAAGAGAAGGAAAAGGAGUGAGUGCAAAUCCCGUUCAAAACCUACCCUACCCACAUGCACCAUCAAGGAAGGAGAAUGCAAGACAUUAUGCUAGGUUCAUGGAUAUAUUUAAGCAACUUCAAAUAAAUAUUCCAUUCGCCGAAGCAUUAGAACACAUGCCAAAAUAUGCAAAAUUCUUGAAGGACAUCCUCACUAAGAAGAAGCGGUAUCCGGAAAAUGAAACAAUCUUGCUCGAUGCUCAAUGUAGUGCUAUCAUUCAAAGAACUCUUCCAAGAAAAGAAACCGAUCCGGGACAAGUCAUCUUACCGGUCACCAUUGGAGGUACAUACAUUGGCAAUGGUCUAAUUAAUUUGGGUUCUAGCAUUAAUCUCAUUCCUUUGUGUAUCAUAAAGAGAUUGGGGAAUAUUGAAAUGAAGUCUACCCGAAUGACAUUACAACUAGCCGAUAAGUCCACAACCUCACCUUAUGGAGUUGCUCAAGACAUAUUGGUAAAAGUUGACAAAUUUUUGUUUCCGGUAGAUUUUGUGGUGGUGGAUAUGGAAGAAGAUAGAGAUGUUCUAUUGAUUCUUGGAAGGCCAUUUAUGAAAACAGCCCGGAUGAUGAUAGACAUUGAUGACGGACUCAUGAAAGUGCGGGUGCAAGAUGAGGAAGUCACUUUUAAUCUAUUCGAAGCAAUGAAGCACCCCAAAGAAAAACACGAUGUUUUCCGUAUGGAUGUCAUUGAAGAGGAAGUCAUGGGAGUUGCCAAUCAUGUUCAUAUCUCUAGUCCAUUAGAGAAAUGUCUCAUAGGUGAUUACAACAAUUCUUUCAAAGAAGAAGAAGAAGAAAUAAAGGCUAUUUUGGAAAGAUUGGAGUCGUGUGGAGAAAUUGAUCAAAAGGAGGAAAAGAUAGAGGAAUUAGAUGCGGAAAAGAAAGUGGAAGAAACCAAAGUUGAAUUAAAGUUGUUGCCCACUCAUUUGAAGUAUGUAUUCCUUGGCGAAAAUUUCACCAAACCGGUGAUAAUUAGUAUUGCUCUAUCACCAAAGGAGGAAAUAGGUUAA